UCGAACACCACCUUGGCCUCGUCCGUGAGGUUGUGGUGUAAGAAAGCACUCAGCAUUGCAUUCCAGGAAACCAAAUUCCACUCUUUCAUGCUAUCAAACACGCGCUUGGCUUCCUCCAGAUGCCCAGUGCGGGCAUAUGCAGUGAUCAUCCGGACCCACGAGUACAAGUCCUUGUGCACGAUCGAAUCGAAAACACGGCGUGCGUGCUGCGCGCUGCCACAUCUCCCGUACAGCUCCAGCAGCCUGUUGCUCGCGAACGCGUCGGUCCCGCCGCCGAAAAUGUUCUGGGCGCGAUGCUCCAGCUUCCUGGCGGCGGGCAAAGAAUUACAAGAGGCAAUGAGGUGGAGGCACUCGUUUCUAUCCAGCGGCAUUCUAGCGGGCAAGAAACCCUAGCAAUGGCGGUGGGACUGGGAUCUGGGGCGAGCGUCGCCAUCCACCUCUCAGUUCCCAGGAGAAAGUUCUUUCACACGCGCGCUUCGCAAUGGGGGUACCACGAAGUGUCCACCAAGUUUGUGGAUGAUACCAUUUGUGAGCUGCUCGCUACAAGCGAGGCCAGGGCAAGCCAGGUGGUGCUAUGCUCGACAAUGGAUCAACCAAAGCUCCAUCGCUUGGCGACAUGGAGCGCUCUUGCUCCUCUUGUCAUCUUCGAUGUCUCUCCUUCGACUUCCAAGCAUGAUGUGCCUUCAAGGAAGAACAAGAACUUCGUGCUCCGGCAUGUAACUUGCGAUUCACUCCACGAAGAUUGGACUCCAGCGCUCGUUGAAGCUGGAUAUAGGGGAGAUCGGCCCAGCAUUUGGGCUUUACAGGGCCUGGAUUUAUGUUCGAACGAUCUACUUGGGGGCGUGAGCACACAUGCCAUGAAAGGUUCGUACAUCAUAGGCGAUGUCCUCCGUGGAGCACUGCUACAAAACUUUCCUUCUGCUGCAAAAGCCGAGAAAGUGUUGCUGCAACGGAAGUUACUCGGCUAUGGUCUUGAAACCGAGGUGGCCCACACUUUAUCUUGCGGAGGGGAUGACUACGUGUUUUUCGUCUCUAAGCAAUUGCGUUUAUCAGUCGAACAGGUGUGCUACGGUCUCAAAGAGAUUGAGAUGGCCGAAGAAGUGGAAGAAGAUGGUUUUGAAGACUGGUAGCACGGCAAAAUCCAGGAGAAUGUGAUUGCUAGCGAUUGAUGGAUCAGGUAUCUCUUUGUCGUGCUCUUGUGUGAGGUGUGUUAAGGUCUCGAAGAUGGCCGAAGUGGACUUACACGCAUGAUAUAUAGACUGGAAGUUACAGGCUACUUGGAUUUACAGACA